CGCUGGCGAAAUACGACGUGUUCGCGGUGAAUGUUGCUGGUGCGUGGGUUGUUUUGCCGGGUUUGAAAUUGUGGCGCUUACAUUUCUCAACCAAAGCAACUAAUGGUGUGAAAAAAAAGCAGAAAGUGUUCGAACAGUAAUCGGGCUGGUGGCUUUCCAAGGAUUAAUCAGUGUUGAUAGGAAACAAGGCGUGCACCUCGAUUUGACCAGCACUGACCGAUAUUGGUCAGCGCGGCAUCAUCGGCAAUCGGUAGCAGCAGUGCGCGGUUUUUUUUUGCGGUGUGAAUGCGCAUGAUUUGUGCAGCGCAGGAUAUCGAAACAAAUAAACGAGCCGCAAUUUGGAGCUUUCAUCACCGCAAAGACACGGAGAAGAGGUUAGCUGAGAGGGUAUUGAGCGGAGUGCUUAUUUGAAUAAUAGUGUAAAGUGUCCAUUGGUCUCAAUUCGUUGAGCUGUUGAAUUCACAAUCAGUCACACACAGUAGUGGACCACCGUUUGGCAGUGCGUAUCACUCAUCUCAAUUUCGGGUGCGCGUUUUGAAAAGCUAUUCGAUAGCGAAGAACAAGCAACUUCAACGGUGGUAGCAAAACAAGCCCAAACUGAUUUGCCCAAUCAACACCAACAAUGACUAGGCGGCGAAAUGCGAACGCCUGGUUGUUGGAGAAAGGUGCGAUAGGAGUACUGGUAGCGCUGUCCUUAGUGACCCUAUGCAGCGGCCAUGGCAGAUUAAUAGAACCCCCCAGUCGUGCAUCGGCCUGGAGGUAUGGGUUUUCCACCCCACCAAACUACAAUGACCACGAGCUGUACUGUGGUGGGUUCAACCGGCAGUGGCAGAAAAAUAAUGGAAAAUGUGGUGAAUGCGGUGAUGCAUUCGACGUCCCGAAACCCAGACCGCACGAGUACGGCGGUAAAUGGGGUCAGGGUGUGAUUGUGAGACGCUAUAGACCAGGAUCGGUUAUAACUCUGAGGGUCGAACUGACAGCCAGUCAUAUGGGCUAUUUCGAGUUCCGAAUCUGCGACAGUGUAAAAGCGCAACAGGAUUGCUUGGACAAACAUUUGAUGAAAAUUCUCAGUGGCACCCCGAGUGUACCAAAUCCGAAUGAUCUGAAAACUCGGUUCUAUCCUCGCAAUGGUAGUAGAAUUUAUGACAUGAAAGCAGAGCUUCCUCAAGACCUCCAGUGUACGAGUUGCGUCAUUCAGUGGAAGUACAUUGCCGGAAACAACUGGGGCGUCUGUCCGGAUGGAAAUGGAGCAGUCGGCUGUGGGCCCCAGGAAGAAUUUCGAGCUUGUGCAGACGUUCUAGUUGGCGACACCAGCGACAACGGCAAUCGAACUCCGCUGCGGCCAGGACAACGACCUCUGCCGACACGAAUUCCUGCCAUCAAUCCGGAACAAGCCGGUGGCAGCGGUACGGACGAACAGGACACCGACGACGAAAUGCAACCGGGAGUCAAAUACAUGGGACCAUUGGUCGCCAUUCUGUCGCUUUUUCUGGUCCUAUGUGGAUUUGCUGCACUCUAUAUUUAUCACUAUCAUGGGGGCAAGAUAAAGGCGCUGAUGCGUUGGAAUCGGGACAAGAACCAGAAAUUUCCUCAGCACAUAGAAGUAAGUGCACCGACCAUGGAAAAACCACCAGUGCCACCGCCCCGAACCAAACGGAUUUCGCAGCAAAUGCGCGACAUCGAAGCAGAGGAAUCGAGUGUACUAACCGGGAGCAGCAAAGUGUCAAUUCUAACGUCCCAUAUGACCCUUUAAGCCGCCACAGUCAAAUACGUACGGAAAUGAGGCAUCGAGCCAAUUGUUUUUAUUGCGCGGUUGGACGGAAGCGAUGUUUUUUUUAUUUAUUUUUACAGUAGUUUAGUGAAAUGUUGAAGAAAAACGGCGAUUAGCGCCAACACUGACUGAUCAAAUCACAAAACAAAUCACGUUAGAAUUAGGCAUGUGCGUGAUAUAGACGAGAGCUUCCGUAGUGAGCCCAAUAGUAAGUAGGAGGCGUAUGUAACGAUGUUCGAUGAUUUACUAACAGUUCACAAACAUGUAAGAAGGUGUGAAGCAUCGUUCCAUUAUGAAUCUAGACGAUAAAUAAUUCGAAAUAAACGAAACCAG